CUGAGCAUAUUGCACUAGCCAGUACUAGCACUCAAGGGGAAAACUGAGCACACAAAAAAUGCUAGUAUAAUGCUCGAGGUUAUAACUGAGUAUAUCUAAAUUUUCAGGGUUAGACUCGAGGACGCGUGUUGCGGUGCAGAAAUGAAAGACGUGCAAUAUUUGACGCGUAGACGCCGGUCGCGGUGCAGAAGUCGAAGACGUGCAAUCGUGGACGCGUGGCGCAUUGCAGAAGUCCAAGACGUGCAGACGUGCAGCGGUGGACGCGUAGGACGCGGGUCGCAUUAACCACCACUAGCCUUUAUAGACGCCUCCUCCCACUAUCUCUGUCACUCUCACUCGCCUACGCAACGCCGCCUCUCUCACGUCCCAUCAUCUUCUCCAAAGCAAAAAACCCUCUCCCUCUCCCUCUCCUCUGCCGGCGAGAUGGACAAGGAGAAUGCCAAUCCCAUCGUCCACGGCGCCGUCGGCUCCAAGCGCGACGCCUCCCUCUUCGACGCCGUCCCCUCAACGGACGUCGCCGCCGUCCCCUCAACGGACGUCGCCGCCGCCUCCGCCGGUGCAUCGGAGGCUGCUGCCGCCGGUCGCGGUCAGAUCCCACCGGGAUGGGACCCCUACGAGCCGGUGCCGUACGUCCCGCCCCCGAACCGCUACGACACCUCCAUAGAGGACCCAUGGAACGAGCUGUCUGGCAGCGACGUCGGCAGCGACGACGAGCACCAUGACGUCAAGACUCGCCAGGUGCUGCGGAGGCUGCAGGUCGGCCAGUAUGUCUCCUACCUCGACGUCGCCAAGGGUGUCUACAGGUGCCCCUUCUGCACUAGGAGGCUCGGCGGCACUGACUUCAACUGCGUCCUCACGCAUGCCGAGAACAUCGGCCACACCAACCCCAAGGUCGGCGCGUCGGUGAACCCCAACUCCUUCCGCGCCAAGCACUUGGCGCUCGGCAUGCACCUCCGCAGCAUCCAGCGGGUGGAGAUCUCCGGCGGGCGCAUGCCUCCGCUCAAGCCCAAGGCUCCCAAGGGGAGCAACAAGUGGAGGCAGAGGCAGAUGGGGUAGGCGGAGUCCUGGACGUGUGCUGCUGCUGCCUCCUCCAUUUUGUUGUUGGGAUCCCUUUGUUGUUAGUUAGGGAUCCCUCGUUGUUAUGUUGUUAGUAUGAUGGUGCUGUACUGCUGUGAAGAACCUCGAACCCUACUAUGUUUGGCUGCUGAAUGCAGCUUAUUAUCUAUAUUAUCUAUCCCUAUUCUACUAUAUGACCUUGUGAAUUUAUCGUACAUUCCCUGUAGAUUUGCUUCUAGAUUUAACUACAUACAUAUGGACCAGAUGGAGUACUAGAUUGGGCUCCCUACUAGAUUUGCUGCCAUAUUGGGAA